CGCGGAUAUUUCCCAUCAUGCAGUGUCCAAGAUGGCAGCGCUCUUGUCAGUUUCGAGAUUAGAAACAUCGUUCUUAAAAACCUCAUUUGUACGAAAUAUUCAGUACUCUCUUACGACCAGAACGCGACAGAGCAACAAUUCGUGUAUAUCUGUGAAAAGACUAAUAAAUUCAGGGAAUAAUCAGAAAAGUUUACCGUUUCUCUUCAAUAAGGUGAAAUCUCCAAAUUCCAGAGUGUGUUUGUCAAGCAGACAGUAUGGACUGCUGCAACAGAAACAGCACUGGGUCAACCCUGUGGUCACGGCGUCCACAGUGCGCAAGGACAGACUGCACGCCCUCAGCACGGGCGUGCCGGCCAAGACAGGUGUGGCCAAUCAGGUGACAGGGUGGGAGAUUAUCCGAGAGAUGAUGUCCUAUAUAUGGCCCCGGGACGAAAGAGGGAUCAAGAUUAGAGUGCUGACUGCCCUCGGUCUUUUGAUUGGGGCCAAGGUCACCAACGUGUACGUGCCGUUUCUCUUCAAAUAUGCCGUGGACAAUUUGAAUGACCACCAGGCAGCAGCAGACACUAUGGCAUCUGGAGGCCAGGCUGUGACAGUGGCCACAGCUCUGCUUAUUGGGUAUGGAGCAGCCAGGGCCGGGUCCUCCCUCUUUAACGAGAUGCGAAAUGCUGUCUUCGCCAAAGUGGCCCAGAAUUCCAUCCGACGGGUGGCUAGGAAUGUCUUCUACCAUCUACACUCCUUGGACUUGAGCUUCCACCUCUCGCGUCAGACUGGAGGCCUGUCCAAAGCUAUCGACAGAGGGAGCAGAGGUAUUAACUUUGUUCUGAUGGCCUUGGUCUUCAACAUUGCCCCAACAAUAUUUGAAGUUGGUCUGGUCACAGGAAUUAUGUACUUCAGUCUAGGAGCACCGUUUGCUGGUGUUACGCUAGCUUGCAUCGCAGCCUAUGCAGCCUUCACACUCAGCAUCACGGCGUGGAGGACAAAGUUUAGGGUUCAGAUGAAUCAGGCAGACAAUGAGGCUGGUAACCAAGCUAUCGACUCACUCAUCAACUAUGAGACGGUCAAGUACUUCAACAAUGAAAAGUACGAGACAAAAAACUAUGACAAGAGUCUUGCUGGAUACGAGGUAGCGUCGCUGAAGACCACGACGAGUUUAGCACUGCUCAACUGGGGUCAGAAUGCCAUCUUCAGCGCGUCACUAGCUGCCAUCAUGGUCUUAGCUAGCAAAGGAAUCAUCGCAGGUAACCUGACAGUAGGGGACCUGGUCAUGGUGAACGGCCUCCUCUUUCAACUCUCCCUCCCCCUCAACUUCCUGGGCUCAGUCUACCGAGAGAUCAGGCAGUCUCUCAUAGACAUGGGCACCAUGUUUAGCAUUCUCAAAGUGCAAUCCUCAAUCAAGAGUAAACUGAAUGCCCCAGCCCUUGAUGUGUCGCCCCAGAACUGCUCCAUCACAUUUGAGGAUGUCAGCUUUGCGUAUGUGGAGGGGCAACAGAUCUUCACGAACUUGUCUUUCACCAUCCCAGCGGGGAAGAAAGUUGCUAUCGUCGGCGGGAGCGGAUCAGGGAAGUCUACAAUCAUCAGAAUGCUGUACAGAUUCUAUGACCCUGAUUCGGGGCGCAUUUUAAUCAACGGCACCGAUAUCCGAGACGUUGACCUAGAUAGCCUACGAAGGUCAAUUGGUGUGGUACCACAGGACUGUGUUCUCUUCCAUAACACCAUCUUCUACAAUCUUCACUACGGGAACUUCAACGCCACGGCCGAGGAAGUGUUCCAGGCAGCCAAGAUGGCCGACGUGGACGAUAGCGUGAGGAGGAUGCCGAAGGGCUACGACACCGAAGUAGGAGAACGGGGUCUGAAACUGUCUGGUGGUGAGAAGCAGCGGGUUGCCAUUGCGAGAACCAUUCUUAAGAAUCCCCCAAUCAUCCUGUAUGAUGAAGCCACAUCAUCUCUGGACUCUAUAACAGAACAGAACAUUUUGAACUCAAUGAAGAGCGUCACAACGGGCCGCACCUCCAUCUUCAUCGCCCACCGCCUGUCCACCGUCGUCGACGCCGACGAGAUCCUCGUCAUCAACGAUGGGCGUGUGGUGGAGCGCGGCAACCACUACAUGCUGCUAAGCAACCCGGACAGCAUGUACUCCACGCUGUGGAAGAACCAGAACAGGGUGGCCCUGGAGGGGAACAGGAAUGGGGCGGAGUUUCAGAGCAGCGGGGAGGAGGAGGAUGAAGAAUCAUUACCGUGAUUGGCUAGUUUAUUUUUUUAAAUGAAGGCAGUGAAGUCAUUGUAACAUACGUCGGCGAAGGGCAAAACCUAAUAUUGAUUUACAUCGCCUCGACGCAAACUCCAUCUUAUGAAUAGUUUAAUUGCGGUACCCGCUG